CUCUCGGCCAACAGGAUGUGCUGUUCUUGGUUACCAGGCUAAAGAUGGCGGCGGUGUUGGAAGUAGACGGGCCCGGGCCGCUCGGAGAUCACAGACAUGAGAUGGAGGAGGAGCCGAUCGACUUGACAGGCUUGUCACCAGAAGAAAGAUGGAGGGUGGAACAUGCACGGAUGCAUGCCAAGCACCGCGGGCAUGAGGCGAUGCAUGCGGAGAUGGUGCUCAUCCUCAUUGUUACUUUGGUGGUGGCACAGAUUCUUCUGGUCCAGUGGAAACAAAGACAUCCCAGAUCCUACAAUCUAGUGACACUGUUCCAGAUGUGGGUCGUGCCCCUCUACUUCACAGCGAAGCUACACUGGUGGAGGUUCCUAGUGAUCUGGGUACUCUUCUCGGUUAUCACCGCCUUCAUUACUUUCCGAGCAACACGGAAGCCACUGGAGAGAACGACGCCCAGAUUGGUUUAUAAAUGGUUUCUUCUACUUUACAAGCUGAGCUACACCACUGGAAUUGUGGGAUAUAUUGGCGUCAUGCUAACCCUCUUUGGUAUAAAUUUAUUAUUUAGGAUAAAGCCUGAAGAUGGAAUGGAUUUUGGAGUGUCGCUGCUGUUUUAUGGGCUUUAUUAUGGAGUAUUAAGCCGUGACUUUGCAGAGAUGUGCGCGGACUACAUGGCCUCUACAAUAGGGUACUACAAUGCAUCAGGGAUGCCAACCAAGCACCUCUCCAAUGAGAUCUGUGCAGUCUGUGGACAAAAGAUCUUUGUGGAUGUCAAUGAGGAAGGCAUCAUAGAAAACACCUACAAGCUCUCCUGUAAUCACGUAUUCCACGAGUUCUGCAUCCGAGGCUGGUGCAUUGUGGGAAAGAAGCAGACAUGUCCGUACUGUAAAGAGAAGGUGGAUCUGAAGAGGAUGUUCAGUAACCCCUGGGAGCGACCUCAUGUUAUGUAUGGCCAGUUGCUGGACUGGUUGCGUUACUUGGUUGCUUGGCAACCUGUGAUCAUCGGACUGGUACAGGGUAUCAACUACAGUCUGGGACUGGAAUAAGUGGCUACUUCUCCUGAGUUUUUAAACCCUCAUCCACUCCCCCAUCUCCUGAAACACCAAUUCCAUGGAUUUGAACCAAUCAGAAUGUUUUGUUAAGUUGUGGGACGCCCCUGGCGGAGGAAGAGAAGGGAGUACUCACCUCCUGCCAUUUGGACAAGAGGAGCAAGCAGGCUGGCUUUGCUGACCACCGUAUCUCUCCCUCCUCCUCUCUCCUCCUAAAGGACGUGAAGAUUUCCAACACCAACUUUGACAUCUCCCAUCUCCGAGUGGAUCAGCCUGUGGGUCUGGACAACCUCCCAAGCCUGUGCUACAUUUGUGGGGCCAGCAAGCCAGCUCUGUGUCUAACAUCCUCAGCGGCCUCCUCCUCUUCCUGUUCCUGACCAGCAGUCUCAAGGGACUGGAUGGCCUCUCCGGGCAUGCAGGUUGUUGUGGUGACUAAAUCCGAAAUUGCAGGCCUGGAUGCUGUUUCGUUUCUUCAGAAGAUUCAACCUGCCUUCAGACUGGAAGUUGAGAAUUUCUUUUUUAAAAAAUGAAUAAAUGGGUUCCCAGCACUUUGCAUGUUUCGGGUAUCUACUGAUUGGUUUGCGGGACCAGGCGUAACUUAAAUCCUGGAAUUGAGCAACAAACGUGGUGUUUCCCUCUUUGUGGUGUCAGGGUGUAAAAUAGCAACAUGAGGUAAGCAGUAAUACUAGCUGCUGAUGUAGGGUUAGGGCAGUCAUCAGCUCUCUAGUAAAUUCUGGGAAUCCUGUGGUAUCCACCGGCUCAGGGGUUGAAUCAUACUCACUCACACAAUUCAGCAGGUCAGGCAGCAUCAAUGGAGGAGAAUGAACAGUCCAUGUUUCUGGCCAAGAUUCUU